AUGUUGUUUGUAGUGGGCAUUACGGGAGCAAUAUGCUCGGGGAAGUCUACCAUUUGUCGUCAAUUACUUAUUUCAUCCAAGUCGAUUGGGAUUUCUGUAGAGUGGGUCGACUGUGACAAGCUUGCACACAAAUUGUACGUCCCUGGGGGCGAGCUCCUUCAGACACUGGCUAAGGAAUUCGGCCCUCAUAUUCUCAAUGAGGAAGAUGGCACUCUCGAUCGGAGGACACUUGGGGGUAUUGUAUUUGACCAGCCCCAAUAUUUACAGAAGCUGAACAGCAUAGUGUGGCCCGUGAUGCGCUGUCAUCUAGAAAAAUUGAUUGAACAAGCCCAACGGAAUGAAACAAACAAGAGAACUGAAAUUAACAAGAGAAUUGAAAUUAACCAGGCGAAAGUUAUCUUGCUUGACGCCGCCGUAUUAGGUCAGGCUGGGUGGGAUGACUUGUGCGACAAGGUUCUUUACGUAACUGUCCCUUACGAGACAGCCAAGGCUCGUGCAAUAACAUCUCGUGGAAUGUCGGAAGCGAAAUUUGACAAAAUUUUCGAAACUCAACAAUGCAUUGUGCAUGACGCAAUAUCUAUUUCCUCAGUCGAACAAGCAGAAACCGCCCUGAGGGACCUCGUUAUGAACCGAAGUACUGGCGGAGUGCUGGUAUCAGAACACCCUUCUUCGCCGCUGGGGAUAAAUAAAGAGAAAACCUCGAUAGAGGAGGAUGAGGAUGACCUGCCUGACGGGUUAUUCUAG